AUGGCUUCCCCGCGGAGCUUCGGGCAGCCCGGGCCGCCGCCGCCGCCGCCCGCGCGCCUGCUGUUGCUCCUGCUGCUGCUGCUGCUGCUGCUCCCGCUGGUGCCCGGGGCCUGGGGCUGGGCGCGGGGUGCCCCCCGGCCGCCGCCCAGCAGCCCGCCGCUCUCCAUCAUGGGCCUCAUGCCGCUCACCAAGGAGGUGGCCAAGGGCAGUAUCGGGCGCGGCGUACUUCCCGCGGUGGAACUGGCCAUCGAGCAGAUCCGAAACGAGUCGCUCCUGCGUCCCUACUUCCUUGACCUGCGGCUCUACGACACCGAGUGCGAUAAUGCAAAAGGACUGAAAGCCUUCUACGACGCAAUCAAGUACGGGCCAAACCACUUGAUGGUGUUUGGGGGCGUCUGUCCGUCUGUCACGUCCAUCAUCGCAGAGUCCCUCCAAGGCUGGAACCUGGUCCAGCUUUCCUUCGCUGCGACCACGCCUGUGCUAGCCGAUAAGAAAAAAUACCCUUAUUUCUUCCGGACGGUCCCAUCGGACAAUGCAGUGAACCCGGCCAUCCUGAAGCUGCUGAAGCACUUCCAGUGGAAGCGAGUGGGCACGCUCACCCAGGACGUGCAGAGGUUCUCCGAGGUGAGGAAUGACCUGACCGGGGUGCUGUACGGUGAGGACAUCGAGAUUUCAGACACCGAGAGCUUCUCCAAUGACCCCUGCACCAGUGUCAAGAAGCUUAAGGGCAAUGACGUGAGGAUCAUCCUCGGCCAGUUUGACCAGCAUAUGGCAGCAAAGGUGUUCUGUUGUGCAUAUGAGGAGAAUGUGUACGGUAGCAAAUACCAGUGGAUCAUCCCGGGCUGGUAUGAGCCUUCCUGGUGGGAGCAGGUGCAUACGGAAGCCAACUCCUCCCGUUGUCUCCGGAAGAAUCUGCUUGCUGCCAUGGAGGGCUACAUCGGUGUGGACUUUGAACCCCUGAGCUCCAAGCAAAUCAAGACCAUCUCAGGAAAGACCCCACAGCAGUAUGAGAGAGAGUACAACAGCAAGCGGUCGGGCGUGGGACCCAGCAAGUUCCACGGGUAUGCCUACGACGGCAUCUGGGUCAUCGCCAAGACGCUGCAGAGGGCCAUGGAGACGCUGCACGCCAGCAGCCGGCACCAGCGGAUCCAGGACUUCAACUACACGGACCACACGCUGGGCAGGAUCAUCCUCAACGCCAUGAAUGAGACCAACUUCUUCGGGGUCACGGGUCAAGUUGUGUUCCGGAACGGGGAGAGAAUGGGGACCAUUAAAUUUACUCAAUUUCAAGACAGCAGGGAGGUGAAGGUGGGGGAGUACAACGCUGUGGCCGACUCACUGGAGAUCAUCAACGACACCAUUAGGUUCCAAGGAUCCGAACCCCCAAAAGACAAGACUAUCAUCCUGGAGCAGCUCCGGAAGAUCUCCCUACCUCUCUACAGCAUCCUCUCCGCCCUCACCAUCCUGGGGAUGAUCAUGGCCAGCGCUUUUCUCUUUUUCAACAUCAAGAACCGGAACCAGAAGCUGAUUAAGAUGUCAAGCCCCUACAUGAACAACCUCAUCAUCCUGGGAGGGAUGCUGUCCUACGCAUCCAUCUUUCUCUUUGGCCUCGAUGGGUCCUUUGUCUCUGAGAAGACCUUCGAAACCCUCUGCACAGUCAGGACCUGGAUUCUCACCGUGGGCUACACGACCGCCUUCGGGGCCAUGUUUGCGAAGACGUGGAGGGUCCAUGCCAUCUUCAAAAACGUGAAAAUGAAGAAGAAGAUCAUCAAGGACCAGAAACUGCUCGUGAUCGUGGGGGGCAUGCUGCUCAUUGACCUGUGCAUCCUGAUCUGCUGGCAGGCCGUGGACCCCCUGAGAAGGACAGUGGAGAGUUACAGCAUGGAGCCGGACCCAGCAGGACGGGACAUCUCCAUCCGCCCGCUCCUGGAGCACUGUGAGAACACCCACAUGACCAUCUGGCUGGGCAUCGUCUACGCCUACAAGGGCCUUCUCAUGUUGUUCGGUUGUUUCUUAGCUUGGGAGACCCGCAACGUCAGCAUCCCCGCGCUCAAUGACAGCAAGUACAUCGGGAUGAGCGUCUACAACGUGGGCAUCAUGUGCAUCAUCGGGGCUGCCGUCUCCUUCCUGACCCGGGACCAGCCCAAUGUGCAGUUCUGCAUCGUGGCCCUGGUCAUCAUCUUCUGCAGCACCAUCACCCUCUGCCUCGUGUUCGUGCCCAAGCUGAUCACUCUGAGGACAAACCCAGACGCAGCCACUCAGAACCGACGGUUUCAGUUCACUCAGAAUCAGAAGAAAGAAGAUUCUAAAACGUCCACCUCAGUCACCAGCGUGAACCAAGCAAGCACGUCCCGCCUGGAGGGCCUGCAGUCCGAAAACCACCGCCUGCGGAUGAAGAUCACAGAGCUGGAUAAAGACUUGGAAGAGGUCACCAUGCAGCUGCAGGACACGCCAGAAAAGACUACCUACAUUAAACAGAACCAUUACCAAGAGCUCAAUGACAUCCUCAGCCUGGGGAACUUCACCGAGAGCACAGAUGGAGGAAAGGCCAUUUUAAAAAAUCACCUCGAUCAAAACCCCCAGCUUCAGUGGAGCACAACAGAGCCCUCGCGAACAUGCAAAGACCCCGUAGAAGACAUAAACUCCCCAGAACACAUCCAGCGCCGGCUCUCCCUCCAGCUCCCCAUCCUCCACCACGCCUACCUCCCGUCCAUCGGAGGCGUGGACGCCAGCUGUGCCAGCCCCUGCGUCAGCCCCACCGCCAGCCCCCGCCACAGACAUGUGCCACCUUCCUUCCGAGUGAUGGUCUCGGGCCUGUAAGGGCGGAAGGCCUGGGGCCGAGGCCUCCCCCAUGACGGAACCACACAGAGCAGAGGCGUCUGCUGCAGGAGCACGGUCGGAUCUGGCUGCAGAGAGGUGGGACGCCGCGGCUGGCCUCGCGGGGCUGCUCCGGGGCACUUGGGUGGACAGGACGGGCGCACCUGGCACCUGACCCCGCGCCUUAUUUGUGAAGUUUUUAUUCUUUCACAAAGAAGAGGAAUGGAAAUGACUUCUUCCUUCAUGUCUGGAAACAGGAGAAACUGAGAUAUUUGAAACUUUGAAGAAAAAAAAACCCUAGACAAGGAAAGAGUCACUAGAACUCCAGCUAGAAGUCACUGAGCAGCUUUGGGAAGAGAAAGGGCUUCCGGGGACAUGGCCUCCACUUCUGCACACACGUCACUGGCUGCAGCCCCCCAGGCCAGCCCUCCUCCCCUCUGGGGAGGGAAGUGGGCAGGGCAGCCAGGCCCCAGCUGCCAGUCCAGCCGACCCCAGCCUUCCUGGAAUGGGGAGCCUGCAGGAAGGGCAACCAGGCGCAGCUCCACGGCAGGUGGCCAGGCCUGGGGUGUGGGAGCAAGCUGAGCGAUGCCUCCCGGUGGGACCUUACUCUCUGAUAAAUGCCACACAUUAACACAAUAACACGCGUUCUGGACCGUGGGGAUUUAGGGCACGUCACUGCAGACACGCUCUGCAGCAUUCGCUGACAGUCGGUCAUGCACCCGCCACGCUGGCCAUGUCCUUGCGUUUGUAUCAGGUGUCCCCGGUAAUAAGGGGGGGCCGCCUGAGCCAGUCAUGGACUGUCCGUUCCCAGCAUACACAAAACAGAAAGAUUGUGCACUUUAACCUCUCUCCAGGGCCCAAGGGCUUGCCAGGUUGGUUUUCCCCCACUGACUCUGUUUCUAACCAAAGUGAAUCAUGGGCAUUCUUCUAGAAGACAUCCCUGUAGCAGCAGGGGAACGAGUUGCCACCUGGGGGCUUCCCUCGGCUUCCAGAAGGCAGCCUUCAAUCCAGACAAGCCAGUGAGCUGUGCCCAUGGGGGUCACAGGGGUGAUUGGUCGGCACACUGAUUUUCAUUCGUGAGCUCACCCUUCUCUUUUCAUUGAACCCCAAAGAGCACUGGCCUGAGAGUAAGACAGACCUGGGUUCAAGUCCUCACUCCACUGCUGACUCCCUCCAUGACCUCGGGCAA